AUGUCAGGCUAUUUCGAACCGACAGCGCUCAUUCCAGAUCCCCUUUCGUUUCACCAGGAGAGAAACUCAUGGGAAAUGAACCGAUAUAGGAGCCCAGAAGACGGUUACUUCACAGAGAGCGAAGAAGAGGUCCUUUACGGUUUGGAUGAAGUAGCCAUGGCCGCGCUACCACUCCGAUUACAAGAAAACAUGCGCGAGUUACAUCUUGAGCGCGUGCAAAGAUUAAAAAGAGAGGAAAGCAAUACUCCAUUCUACAAGCCAUCUUACCAUGCAACAUCACCAGUGAUUUGGUAUAAGGACUCGAUAGCCGCGAUGGAAGCAAGCCAGGACACGGAGAAGAGCGAUCGCGGAGGUUUGCCAAGUUCAAGCCCGGAGCAAGCCGAUUGGUAUCUGUGGCAGAGAAUACGUGAGAUGAAUGAGAGAAGGCAUAUGGAAUAUGAUACUAUCGCGAUGGCGGGGCAUUAUUCCCACAGCUCGAAUGCGCGCUUCAAUCUGGGCAACAAUCUGUUUUCAAAGCACUCGACCUCAACGGAAGAGGCCAUUGAAACCGAAUAUACUAGCGAUCAACAGACUCGCGACAAAUACAUAUCACAGCUGACAGACACAAAAGCCCGGACAUGUGUAGUUCAUACAGUUGAAGACAUCGAGGCACCUCAUGAAGGGUCCAAUGUGCAUGAGCGAGUUCGCCAGAGAGGCUCGUCAAUGAUUUCCGCCAUGCGCGGCCGCAUGCGAAAGAGUAUCCAAAGAAUGAGCAGGGUCUUCAAGAAGCAGCCCAGUUUCCGAAGUCAUAAUCGAGCAUGCGAAACCUUUGUUUCGAGUUGA